UGGACGUUGUUUUUCGUACGGGCGUGACCGUGAGUGUCCGGCGGAUUUUCGGCGACGUGGAAACCGAAGCGGAUUUCGUCCGGCGGCGGAUUUUGACGAAGAGGAAAAGUCGUCGUCUUUGUUGUGUGUGCGCGAGAGCGUGAAGUCGCCCGUGACCCGGACCGACGGAGGAGGGAGUCGUCGUCGUCGUCGUGUGGUGGCGCGCCCAUCGCUCCGAGAUGAAGAAUCCGGAGUCGUCUGCCAUUUGUCAAGGGACCAUAAUGGAGGACGGACUUCUCAGCUUGAAAUGGAACAACCACAAGAUAACUUUUUGUGAAAUUCUCAGGACGCUAAGAGAGAAGUCACACUAUACUGAUGCUACUAUUGCUGUGGAGGGAAAGUUUUACCCAGUGCAUAAACUUGUAUUAAGUACUUGUAGUGAGUACUUUGAAGACAUUUUUGCUCGUACUCCUUGCAAAUCACCUGUGAUAGUACUCAAAGAUGUGCGUAGUCAGGAUAUGGAUGCGCUCUUGGACUAUAUGUAUUUGGGUGAAGUGAAUGUAAACCAAAAUGACUUGGCAUCGUUACUAAAAACAGCUGAGUGUUUAAGAAUUAGGGGCCUAGCUGUACCUGAUGAAGAAAACACAAAGUCAAGAAAAGCCCCAUCAGACGAAAGACACGACAGCCCACCACCAAAGAGAAGACGUCACGAUGAGACGUCUAGGCCAGUCUCCCCGCCACCCUCAGCCAGCACUAAAACGCCAACCCCUUUACCUUCACCUGUUCAGCCCACAUCAGCGAUCUGUUCUCAGCCAUCCCCAGACCACUUAGAUUCAGACCCUCCUCCUCAUAUAGUGAAAGUGGAAAUGCAAGAACACGAUCAUGAAGAUGGUUUUAGACAAGACAGUUAUGAAGGGUCUGUGAAUGAGGAGGGGGGAGGGGAUUUUGGGGCAGAUGUGUCAAAGGCUGAACAUGAUCCUGAAAGUUACGGCAGCAGUUCCUUUCCUGGUCCCUCGUUACAACCUGGGGGAGAUCUUGCGUGGGAAGAGGGAGACUCUAGUAGUUUCCCCCCAGAAACUUUCUCCAGUGAUGUUCCGGCAGGCCAGCAACCCCAAGGGGAUGAUGAUGAAAAUGAUGGUGAAGAUGAAAAAGUGAACCCAAGUGCUAAUGUUUCAGCUGUACCAACAACUUCUGCUGCUACUUCAGUUGGAAACCCAACAUGUCCACCACCUCUUACUCCCAUUUCACAGGCCCGCCAAUGCCAGUUGUGUCGAGUGACAUUGGCAAAUGCUAAUCUUUUGCGUCGCCAUGUAGAGGAUCAUCACUUCCAUAUUCGCAAGUACAACUGUGCUCACUGUGGGAAAAAGUUUAAGCGCAAGGAACACAAGGAAAGGCACGAGAGAAUCCACACGGGAGAAAAGCCAUUUGUUUGCCAUAUUUGCAAUGCAAGGUUCACACAGAAGGAACACUUGAAAGGGCAUGUAGAAAAUGUUCAUCAUAAACACGGUGAAAAGGGGCUGGACAUCCUGGGAGAUAUGGAUAAAGACGCAGGUGAACUGGAAGAAAAGGAAGAUGAUGCAGAGAUUUCUGUCUCAUCACCACCACCACCUCCUUCAGCAACCUCUCCUUCAUUGGCUCCUGUGUCAUCUUUAUUGACAAUUGCAUCGACCCCAUCUCCAAUCACCAGUGUGCUACCAAUUACGUCCAGUCCACCCAACUCUCAUGUGUCGACUGCAACGCCAGCUCUACUUCGAAGUGGUAGCUCCAACUCAACACCUGUUACUUCCGUGCAGAUACGGCCUUCAACAUCAGUGUCUAAUGUUGGUGUGAAUCAGCUUACAGCUUUAUAUGCACCUGUUACCCGCAAGACAGUUAAUUCUCCUAAUAAGCAUAUGCAGACCAUUACCAUAAAUUUUAACUAAUGUUUGUAAAGGUUGCAGACUAAAUGAUUAACAAAUUGUACUUCACUGCCAGUUUUGACACAAGCUUUAGGUUAAGAUACUUUUAAACUUGUGUAUGACGUUGAAUGUUACCAUGUAUUGCCAAAUAUAAUUUACAUUCCUUAGUUAUUAGAUGACAGUUUGCAUGUUAUGAUUGCAUAAGACUUAAGCAUCUAAGAAGUUAUUGUUAAGAGCUUUUGGAAUACAUUUUAUCAGUUAAUCUUUUUGUUUGUACUAAUUUUAAUAAAUCUUUGUUUGUAGUCAUUAUUCACACUGACUAGAAAGUUUCUUAAAAAAAAGAAAAAAAAAAUUUGUUGUGAAUAAUGAAAGUCCCAAUCACUAAGAACUCAAAAAAAUCAACUCGUCAAAAACAGGAACUUGACAAGUAAAUACAUGGUAUGCCGAAGGCUGAUGAGUCAAAAGUCAUUCCUUCUCUUCUUGAAAGGAAGAGUGUCUUGUAUACUGGUCUGGAUUUAGAGAAUUUGGCCUCUUCCCAACCCAAGAACCUAAGGGCCUGCCGCACUUGUAGGUUUGGCUACAGAUCACUGCCACUCAGGGUCUGAUAAGACAUCAAGUGAUGGGAUAGCAAACUUGGGACUCCAGCUGCCCUUUCCACAGAUUACUUUGCAUGACCUCUGAGAGGGAUAACAUGAAGUCUUAACACCAAUCUGGUGAGAAGGUUUCUACUCCUUUCCAUUAAGGAGAGAGAGAGAGAAUGGAAGUAACUGACAGCGACAAUAGGGAGGAAUAAGGAAAUCUGCAAUUCCUUCCUGCCUGUUUUGAUUCUUAAGUACCCUUCAUGAAAGGAUCAAGAGGGUGUGUGUUGGUGCUGUUAUGGAAGACACUGAUUGAUGCCACUAAGGCAGGGAUUCAUUAAGAAUGAAUAUGAGAGGGAUGAAGGAGCUAAUCCUUCAAACCUCUAAAAACAAAAAAAACUGAAACAAGCACAAAACAAGUAAAAAACUAGUAGUCAGGAGCACAUCAAUGUCUCCUCAAAAAGUGGGUGGUCAAUGGUUGAGGGGUAUUCCCCCGCCAUUUACUACCUUCCCUUUCAACAACUGAUUCAGCUUGCACUGAGGGAUGCUCCUGUAUAGAGGGUGAUGGUCUGUAUUUCUGUAGGAACAAAUGCUUACAAAACUACACAUUGGAGAUGAUCAAGCUCUGAUUUGUACUGUAUAAAGCAUACUAAAAAAUAAAGUAACUGACAUAGCAAAAGUCUUUACAAAACAUGAAGAGCAAAAGAGAAAGUUCAAAAUAAUGACAAAAACUGGGGCACUGACUAACUGGGAGAGUGACAUGAAGCUGUGAGAAAUAAACUCAAAGAUUAUAAAGAAUGAUGGGUGUCAAAAGGAGGGUCAGGGCAUGUGCUAUGGGAGUUCUUUCCUUAAAGCAAAGUCACAGUUUAAUUUCUGUUUUUGUACUAACCAGCCUUCAAUUAUCACCAUGACUUUUACCAGAAUAAAAACAAAAGCUUCAUGUAUUCAUAUGAAACUUAAAAUUAAAUGAAAUUACAAUAUCAUAUCCUGAUGGUAUGAAUUUUCAGGGUCAGCUAUGAACAAAAGUUCUAAACUAGCAUAUUACAGGCAAUUUAAAUUCUACUAAUUUCCUGUGGGUGUGACUCUUGAGCAUUACUUUAGAUGGGUCUGAUAUCAAGUAAGUAGCAGUUUUAUAGCAUUUCAUGUAUCUUAACAUUCAACAAUGAAGCUACACAUUAUUGCUAAGUAAACCAUAUCUGCUAAAUCAGUGAUAUUACUUAAAUGCUGUCAAAAUAAAUGAAGUGACCUCUUUGCCCAAUGAGGACAAUGUUUACUUGACCUAUGAGAAGCCAAAAUAAUCACUGAAUGCUGUCAUUGGCAAAAUCAUCUAAUGUUAAUUUCUAAAAGAUAAAUAAUAACCUAAUAAAAGGUACUAUAACAUGUAAAGACAGAGCCAAUUUACCUAAAAAGUGCUGAAUGACCUCAUAGGUCCCAGCACUUGGUAUUUGGCCUAAAUUUCAUGUUCCAUGUUCCAAUUAAUUCCUUAUAUUUGCAGAAAUCCUACUCCUUAAUAAAAAAUAUCAUAAAGGAAUGAUGAAAGAAGUUAAUGAACUUUGAAUAAUUAUCCUACCCAUAAAACCAAAAUUAAAAUAGCUAUUACUAUACAACAAAUUUUAAGCUGGCUACAGAUAAUUAAUGGUUGUUACUAAACAACAAAUUUUAAGCUGGCUACAAAUAACUGAUGGUUGAUAAUUGCAUGUUCAAUCACUCAGAUAUCAACUGACCCACCCAUUAACCCUGAAACCAACCCUUCAGUCAGUUACAGCAAAUACUGCGUGUAAGACCUAAAGAUCUUACACAUCAAGUGUCUUACAGGUUUUAAAAAAUGUUAGUGGACAAUAAACUAGCAAAGUGAAAAUGUAUGAAACCUAAGUCUGAAAAAAUAAUGCCGAGAUGAAAAAUGCAUAUUCUACUGGAUUUAAUACAAUCAUCAACACAUACGAUGGAAGCACACCACAGUUUGGAAACUUGGUUAUAUGAAAAGGCACCACCCGAUUAACAAUGGAGAAAGAGCACAAAGUAUUUAGGGGUAAAGAAUAUUUUUUCAUUCUCUGCUAGUGAGUAGUUACAUAAAGAAAUUUGUACAUUUAUAAUAUCUCAAAUACAAUCAUUCUUGAACAAUGCCUGGUACAAUUUUCUUUACUUUAAGCAAAAUAAAAUUAUGGCUGACAUUUAUGUAAAUAUCUGACUAAAAUUUUAAGUCAUGAUGAAACUGAACUUACUACCUAACAUUAUAAAUAUAAGAAUCUAAAAUGCACAAAAGUUGUAUGACCACAAUAUUAUAUACUACAUAUAUCUACAUUCGUACAGAAAGCUUAAUAUAAUUUACAAAAAUAACAAUAUGACUACAUUACUACCUCUGUACAAGUGUGAAUUACAAAAUACAUUCCUAACUCACCCCCCAAAAAAUAUCAGACUUUGAGCUCACAGAGUAUACUAUCGCAGAGUAUACUAUCUAUGGUGAAUUCAUUCACAAACUUGAAACUCAGACAGUGGUACUGAACUGUUAAGCAAUCCUGUAAUAUCACAGAAUCAUAAUCAAAAUGGUCAUUUAGGUAAUGAUUUACUGCUGAAACUUAAGACUCCAAAAUAACAGGU